AUGCGUACGACGUGGCUGUGGUGUUUGGUCGCGCUGCUUGUAGCGGCUGUGGUUCACGCCUCCAAUGUGGUCGACUUGACGGAUACAAAGUUGUUUGACGAGGUCGUCGGCAAGGAUGUUGGUGUGCUUGUCGAGUACUUUGCGCCGUGGUGUGGCCACUGCAAGAAGCUCGGCCCUGAGUACGAGAAGCUGGCCGAUGCGUUUUCAUCGAAGAAGAACAAGGUAGUUAUUGCCAAGGUUGAUGGCGAUUCGAACCGGGAGCUCUCGAACCGUAUCAACUUGCGCGGCUUCCCUACGAUUCUCUACUACCCGCCGCACUCCGAAGACGGUGUGGAGUUCAGCGGCGCUCGUACGCUUGAAGGCCUCGCGGCGUUUGUUACGGAGCAGAGCCAUGUGCGUAGCCGUGUUGAGCCGCCCAAGCCGCCGGCUGUGGUCGAGGUGACGGCGGCGGACUUUGACAAGGUAGUCAUGGACCCUACGGCCGAUGUGUUGGUCGACUUUUAUGCGUCGUGGUGUGGUCACUGCAAGAAGCUGGCGCCGCUGUACGAGGAGGUCGCCAAGGUGUUUGAGCGUGACUCGUCGUGCAAGAUCGUCCAGAUCAAUGCAGAUGACCCAGAGAAUGCAGACAUCAAGAAACGCUUCCAGAUUCAGAGCUACCCUACGAUUUCGUUCUUCCCUGCCGGCUCGGACGACAAGUGGCCGCGUCCGUACCUCAAGGAACGUACGCUGGAGGACUUUGUCGCAUUCCUCAAUGAGAAGUGUGGCACCUUCCGCAACGUAGAUGGCACGCUCUCGAGCUUCGCAGGCCGUAUGCCGGCGCUGGACGGCUUUGCGUCGCGCUUUUACGCGGCUGGCGAGAGUGCUCGGAAGGCCAUCGUCGGCGAGACGAAGAAAUACUUUGACGACCUGACCAAGUCUGUGAACUCCGCUCGCAAGGUCGCCGCUGCUGAGUACUACAUGCGUGUAAUGGACCGUGUGAACCGUGACGGCCCCGACUAUGUCAAGCGUGAGAGUGAUCGUCUGAACAAGAUCCUCAAGAAAAACGCCGACGGUCUUACGACACUUACGUUGGAGAAGGUCGACGAUAUCACGCGCAAAGUGAACGUUCUUUCGGCGUUUAUGAAUGAGAAGAUCGGUAAGGCUGCUGAGCGUGCUUCCAGUUCAGCGGCAGAAGAGCGUGCGAAGGCCACAGCCUCCUCGCACGAUGAACUGUAA